CUCCGAGUCAGAUUUGAAAAAGAAAAAAUGGCUUCAAAUCUUAACAUACGAAACACCAUCACUAGCCUUGUUAUCCUCAUAUUGCUCGUCUUCUUAGGACUUGAGGCAAUCAAAGUUUUCAGCCAAAAAAAAGGAGCAAUCAAAGUAGAUACACAGGCCAGGUUUGAGCUUCCUGAUGAUGAAGGAUACCCAAAAGAUUAUGGAAGGUGAAGCUCUUAGAGAAAUCGACCCCUGCAGCGAAGACCCAAACUGGGAAACAGCAAACUAUACUCAAGACAGGCCAUUGUACAACAGUUCUCUUAUUUGCAAUUGUUGCUAUCCUGUUGUUGUUAAAUGCCACGUUGUUCAUCAGCUACAUGUUAAAGGGAAGGAGCUUUGUGGUAAAAUUCCUCCAUCUCUAGCAACGCUACCUUACCUCGAAACAGCUAAUUUCACACAGAACUACGUAGGUGGUAGCAUGCCUCCAGAAUGGACUACUUCUAUGAAGAACUUGGACUAUCUGUCCUUGUAUGCGAACAAUUUAUCAGGACCAAUCCCCAUCUACGUGUAUUUGGAAAACAUGACCUCUCCUGUAUAUGUGAGGUUAGAGAACAGCAUGUAUUGUGGAACCGUUCCCCCUGAGCUUGCCAAAUUGUUUAAAAUGUAGCAUCUCAUUUUUACGGCGUCCUGCCAAGUGAUGUUCAAUGGUGGAUUUAACUCAAUCAUCAACAUGCCCCACCAUGAUCUAGGAAGGCGAGAUGAGAAUAAGUUGGCUGUGCAGUAUGGACCACCCCCAAUAAAUUUACCAUCCAUGGGCUCUGGCCCGAUGAGACGUCCCCACGCAUAAAUAGAACUUUCGAUCCCGCUCUUUUGCAUGGUGUCCUUUUGGAACAACUCAAAGAGCAUUGGCCAGGUUUACAAAACAGAUGUGACAGGAAUUACUGCUUAUGGUCCCACGAGUGGGAGACACAUGGAAGAUAUUAUUACAAUGGUUCUAAUCCAGGUUCUCAAGUUGGGUAUUUUCAAAACGGAGUUAAUUUAUUCCUUAGAGGAGAGAUAAAGGAAGCUCUCGGUAACCUAUCGGAACCAGGAGAGUACGAAACUUUCGUUAUCCUUGAAAGACUAAAAAAUAUAACGACCUUUGUCCCUUCAUUGUAUUGCAAGAAUGAUUCACAUAAUAGAACCUUACUGACGGAGAUAAAGUUUUGCCUGCAAGCCGAUUUAACGACUCUCACAGACUGCCAGAAGAAUCAGUCUGGCUGUGGAACAGCAUUUUAUGUCAAGUUAAACGAAGUAUAAUCACUGAUGAAAAAAUCAUUUGAUUUUGCUCAGUUGUUUCUUUCCACUGCCACUAUAUGUUUUCAGAACUCUAGACCGUGCAUGUUUUUUUUUUUUUUUUUUCUUCUAUACUAUAUUUCUUAAAUGUAACAUAUAUGAAUCUUACUUUGUAUGUAGAAGUAAGAAAACAUUACUUUGUAUGCAUAUUCUUAAUUUUCAAUUUCUUAAAGAUGUAUUUACCCAAAAAAAAAAAAAAAAUCUUAAAUAUGCAUUU